GACCAUGUAGAUGUUAUCGAGGUUAUAAAGGUUAAAGUAAGUAUUUAAAUCUUGGCGCACUGUAUUUCCCAAACUGUUCGAUAAGAUAAGGACUCUUUUUUUUUUUGUCCCUCCUGCAACGCCGAUCUGAGCCGAUAUACAUUUAUGUAAUUAUUAGCCUCGACUUUACAAGUAGACUUGUGUAGGUAGGUACCUAAAGUACCCGGUCUACUGUAACAAUUCAUCUUAGAAAUUUUUAAAAAUAUUGGCAGUCCAACCUUCGCUGUCCAAAGGGAGGGGUCCCCAUGGUCUGACAGCUAUAACGGUAGAUGUAUUCAUUUGCGAAAGCAACAAGGGCCAUCAUGACAUCUGCGCAGAAGAAGGUCCCCAUUCCCCGCAGGGGGGUUGACUACCGCGGCAAGAUCGUGCUCGCCCCCAUGGUGCGCUCUGGCGAGUUACCAUCACGACUUCUAGCCCUUCACUACGGCGCUGAUCUCGUCUGGGGACCUGAAACAGUCGAUCGCUCCAUGAUCGGAACCACAAGACGAUUUAACCCCCAGACCAACACGAUCGACUGGACGAGGAAGCCAUCACAAGGCAGCAGGGCACCGCAAAGUGGCGAGGUCAAGGACAGCAUCAUCUACCGCAUCCACCCAGAGAAAGAGGCUGGCAAGCUCAUCUUUCAAAUCGGCACAUCCAAUCCCGAUCUCGCCGUCCAAGCGGCACGACUUGUCGCCGCCGAUGUCGCUGGCAUCGACGUCAACGCCGGAUGCCCGAAACCAUUCAGCACUCACGACGGCAUGGGCGCCGCCCUACUCAAAACACCAGACAAGUUAUGCGCCAUCCUCGAGGCUCUCGUAGCCAACAUUACCCCCGAAUUCGAAAUCGGCAUCAGCGUAAAGAUUAGGAUCCUCGAGACCGCUGAGCUGACCGAGGCGUUGGUCCGCAGACUUGUCGCGACGGGGAUCACCGGCCUGACCGUACACUGUCGGACGACUCCAAUGCGACCGCGAGAACGCGCCAUACGUGGUCAGCUACGCAUGAUUGCCAACGUAUGCCACGAGGCUGGUGUCGCAUGUCUGAUGAAUGGCGAUAUAGAGAGCAGGGAUAGUGCCCUGCCGCUGAUGGAAGAAUUUGGCGUCGACGGUGCAAUGAUAGCCACGCAAGCUGAGAAGAACUCGAGUUGUUUUCAAUCUGAGUCAGACGGCGGACUCCUCCCAUGGACCGAGAUCACCAAGCAGUACAUCCGCUACGCCUUGGAAGUGGAGAAUAAAUUUGGGAAUACAAAGUUCAUGCUCACGCAGGUAAUCCCUGGCAAGGCGUCCGUAUACCGCGAAAUCAGCACUUGUAAGAGCUAUACUAAGGUCUGUGAGAUGCUCGGAUAUGAUGACCUGAUGGAAACCGCCCGAGAGGUGGAUCUAAGCCUCGACAUCGACCCCGAUAACGCAGGCAAGAACAAACCCAACAAGCAAGUCAACGUCACUGCGCUAGCAGCUGGCAGGCAGACGGGCAAGUCGCGCAUCGCGACCUCGUCAACCAAAAAGAAUCUAUCGGGGCGGGGUAUUCAGAUCUCGUCCGAGACACCAGCUCCUGAAGCAACCGCAGUACCAGCCUGAAUGGUUGGACGAGUGCAUGACGUGAUCUUGGGAAAUGGGAGGAUUGGAUAGGGAAAUAGGGGAUUCAUAGCAUUUGAAGGCGUUCAGCGACAGAGAUAUCCACAAAGGCGGCUUAGAGGGGCUUCAGGCAAAACGGCCAAAAUAUUCUUGGGGCAUGCAUAUAUACGGGAGUUAUGUGGCUAAGUAAUAGUCUACCUAGGGUAAGCGGCUCCUCCCCAAGCCGCAACUUAUACAUAUUGUAGUCGAGAUUUAGGACAAGACAAUACGCUCAUCUAGCGUGUAAUGC